AUGAAUCCAAUCAAUAUAGCUGGGAUGGCUGGGAUGAAUGCGAUGAAUGCGAUGCCAGGUGGUCCUGUAGGUGGUGUUCCCAUGAUGAACAGCCAAUCAACUGCCCAGCGCGAACCGCCUAUGACUCAAGAGAGCGUCUAUAUGCAGCUUAACACAUGUAUCUACGACUACUUUCUCAAGCGUGGCCAGUUCGACGUGGCACGAAUGCUCCUCAAUGACGAAAACAUCAAGCUAGAUACCGACGAGAUCAAGUCUAGUCCAAACCACAUGAACGGUGUCGAUGGCGAUACUUCUAUGGGUGAUACCAAAGAUGAAAAGAUCAAAAUACCCGAUGAUUUUCCCCGACCCCGUGUCCCGAUGGAUUCUGGAAACUCUUUUCUGUUCGAGUGGUUCAGCCUUUUCUGGGACAUUUUCGCCGCACAGCGCAAAAGAAAUCCUAUGAACCAAAUGGCCCAGGCUUAUGUCAAUAACUCACAAGGUUUAAUGCGCAUGCGAGAACAAGCCAAUCAAAACUUUUUGCGUCAACCUCAAAUGAUGAUGCAGACUCAGAUGGCUAAUAUGCGUCGCAAUGGAAUGACGAAUAUGAACAAUAUGAACCUGCAAAAGACGGCUCUGCAGAACAAUGCAUCCGGAAUCAAUGCCUCCGGAAUGAAUCCUCAACAAAUAGCACAAUUACAGAAUAAACAACAGAUACAGAUGCAACGCGAACAUUCGGAUAUGGACAUGAACGGUCAUCGCCCGCAGUCGCCAUCAUCGGCCGAUAACGCCCCGUCCCCAUCGAAACGACCACGGUUGGAAGUUCAGCAGGGGCAGCCAAUGCCCCCCAACGGUCGCGUGCCGGGUCAAAUGCCAGCUCAAAUGACUCCACAACAACAGAUAUUGAUGCAAAACGGGAUGAAUGCUAGGGGAAUGAAUCCAGCGCAAUUUCAAGCGUUCCAGCAGCAGCAGCAGGCUGGCCAGGCUGCAGCGCAGCAAAAAUCCAUGCAGGGCAUGCCAAACGGAUUAAUGAACAACGGACUUAUGCCGAAUCAAAAUGACCUCAUGUCUCAAAUCCCGGACGGGCAAGGCGGUAUGCAGAUUGUGAACGGACAGUUUUACAAUGGCGAUAUGGCUGGUAUGGGUCGAGGAAUGCCACAGGUGCCGAACGGGAAUGGGAACCAUGCACUCCAAGAUUAUCAGAUGCAAUUGAUGCUGCUAGAACAGCAGAACAAGCGCCGUUUGAUGAUGGCUCGUCAAGAGCAGGAUAGCAUUACCACCCGCCCCGACGGUCAGCCUAUGCCUCCUGGUCAACCCGGCCUACCUCCAGGUACUUCUCCGCAAGGCAGCAGAACAGGAGCGUCACCGAACCCGAGCGAACAGAUGAAACGAGGAACGCCGAAGAUUUCGCAGACUGGACUCCCAGGCUCGCCUAGUGCCGGUGAUCUACAGGGUCGUGGAUCUCCUGCCGCCAUGAAUUUCAACCCUGGUCAGAUGGGAGACAUGAACAACACAUUCUUCAGCACGAUGCAACAAGGGCCUAAUGGACGGAUGCCAAACGCCAACUGGCAGAAUCCUGGCGGACCCCAAGGUCAGCCCUUAGUUGCACAACAGUCACCGGCCACGCAACCAACACCCAAUCCACAAGAGCGAAAUGCCAUGCCGCCUCCAUCUGCGCCGCCUCAAGGAACCAAACCACCCUCUCCUCAGCAAGGAGCAGCGCCGCCGACACCCCAGCAAGCGAACAAACCGGCACCCAAGGGUAAGAAGGAUACCGGGAAAGAGCGAAAGCGCGUUACAAAGAAGGGAGCGGCGGCAGCGAAUGCCAACACAGCAGCGACCCCGUCGUCAGAGGCUGAACCUCCACCAACACCUACCCCAUCUACUCCCAUCACGCCCCAGCAUCCAAACUCUUUCACCAAGAAUGGAGUUAAUGCAACAACGGCGACACAACAGCAGCCUACCUCCGCCCCCGCGCCACCUAUUGUACAGCAACCCGAUCCUAAUGUCACAAACUUUAAUGACCUCAGCAUGCCAGACCCAUCGAACUUCAACCUCGACUUCAGCACUCUUGAAAACCCCGAGGUCCUAGAGAACUUUGACUUUGACUCAUUCCUCAACACCGAUGCCGAUGCAACGGGGUUUGGAUUUGAUCCAAGUAGUAUAACAUACCCUACAGAUGGAGUCGAAACAGGCACGGACGGUUUGUAA